CAGGAUUGAUCAGUCCGGCUUCAGGGUCUCACCCAUAAUCCCGAGCAAGCUUUCAGCACGAACUCAUCUCAUCUGCAAAAAAAAAUGGCACCAAUCGGAACAAAGAGUGGCAUCUUGGAGCGUCUGGACGCUGGUGAGGUUGUGAUUGGAGAUGGUGGGUUUGUUUUUGCUCUGGAGAAGAGAGGAUAUGUGAAGGCUGGACCCUGGACUCCUGAAGCCGCGGCUGAGCACCCCGAGGCCGUGCGACAGCUGCAUAGAGAGUUCCUGAGGGCUGGUGCUAAUGUCAUGCAGACUUUCACCUUCUACGCCAGCGACGACAAACUCGAGAACAGGGGCAACGCCGUCGGCUUCACUGGCCAGCAGAUUAACGAGGCCGCCUGCGACCUGGCCAGAGAGGUGGCCAACGAGGGCGACGCCCUGGUGGCAGGUGGGGUCUCUCAGACCCCCUCAUACCUGAGCUGCAAAAGCGAGCCCGAGGUGAAGGCCAUCUUCAAGAAGCAGAUGGAUGUCUUCAUUAAGAAGAACGUGGACUUCCUGAUCGCUGAGUACUUCGAGCACGUGGAGGAGGCCGAGUGGGCCGUGCAGGUCCUGAAGGCCACUGGGAAACCAGUUGCUGCCAGCCUGUGCAUUGGACCAAUGGGAGACAUGCACGGAGUCAGCCCCGGAGAGUGUGCCGUCAGACUGGUCAAGGCUGGUGCCGCCAUCGUCGGAGUGAACUGCCACUUCGACCCGAUGACGUGCGUCAAGACAGUGGCCAUGAUGAAGGCUGCAGUGGAGAAGGCCGGACUCAAAGCUCACUACAUGGUGCAGCCUCUGGCCUACCACACCCCGGACUGCAGCUGCCAAGGCUUCAUUGACCUGCCCGAGUUCCCGUUUGCUCUGGAGCCCAGGGUUCUGACCCGCUGGGAUAUGCAGCAAUAUGCCAGGGAAGCCUACAAUGCCGGGAUCCACUUCAUUGGAGGCUGCUGUGGGUUUGAGCCCUACCACAUCCGCGCUGUGGCCGAGGAGCUGGCUACAGAGCGAGGCUACCUGCCUAAGGCUUCGGAGAAACACGGCCAGUGGGGCAGUGGCCUGGAGAUGCACACCAAGCCCUGGGUUCGUGCCAGGGCCCGCCGGGAUUACUGGGAGAAGCUGAAGCCCGCAUCCGGACGCCCCCUGUGCCCAUCCAUGUCAACCUCAGACAGCUGGGGAGUCACCAAGGGCCACCCUGACCUGAUGCAGCAGAAGGAGGCCACCACCAAGGAUCAGCUGCAGCCUCUUUUUGCCAAGUCUGACGCCAAGAUCUGAGCAUGGAACGAAGGCGCCCACACGCACCCAUGGCACCAGGGCGUGGGAGAUCCAGGAGACGAGUGAAGGAAAAGUGUUUUUGUCGGCUCGGUUAGCCAGGACCAUUUUUUCAUGGAAACAAACUGUCAGUGAUUUUUAUGCUUUAGCUCUGUCAUGCAUUGGUAGUCAGUUUUGCAGGUUCUCCUCAUGUCAAGGGCAGUGUAACUGUAGUACAGUAUUUAUGCUAUCACUGAGGUCUACGCCCACUAAACCUAUUUAAGACUGUAGAUCUGGUUACCGCUGAGAUGAGCUAAGCUGUGUGACCACGUUUCAUUUAGGAGUCGUUCAAAAUUCCAGGUUUGCUGAUCACUCCAGAUAUCCAGCAGUGUUGUCCAUUCAAAUGAUUGUUUGUCUUUUGUGUCUGAAUGCAUCAAUAAACGUAUCAACAAAA